UCCACGAAAUUCGUCGGUAACUUCAGCCAAUUGAUGGUUGAUUACGCAAGCUUAUUAAAGCACGAAUAACCUCGGUGGCUAUUGUGUCCGGUUGGUCCUACACGUCAUGCUGUGGCACUGGCAGGUCUUAUCAAUAUUGUCAGUGGAGUAGGAGAAGCAGCAACUCCAGCUGGCGGCUCAUUCCCAGUGAAAAUAGGACCUACUGGGAUGUACCACAAACGACCAAAAUACUAUUUCUAUUUUUGUCAUAGACCCAAAUAUACCGAGAUCUUAGUUUCAGUACACAUUACAUUAGCUUACACGCAACCUUGCACUUUCCGACACAUUGAAUGUCCAAACCACUGCAAUACAAUAUGAGAUCUUCGCACUUUUCAUGUCCUUGCGAGCUUGCGAGUUUGAUGUCCUUGCAAUUCUCUCCCUCGCGUGUGCAAUCAGCCAAUGCCAGAUCAAACUACCUGGUGGUGCAUAUGUAGCAAGUACUGCGCCAGCACAAAAACCGCUCUCCAUUCGCGGCCUACAUGGUACCGACACCUUCGCGAAGCUGCCAAUGCAGGACUCUCUGAUAAUUUUCAGGUUACUGUAUCUACUAGUGGGCAGUAUAAUAUGCCUGGCACUUCCAAACGUCCUAGUAAUGAGCUAGACAGUGCUGAACGUGCUUCGCCAUCAAAACACCAACAUACUCAGACAUAUGAGCAUCCCAGCUCUCCCCUGCACGAGCCCCCACCACACAAGGAGCCACUGCUGCACGAGCCUCCACCACAUGAGCCUCUACCUCACGAGGAGCCACUGCUGCAUGAGCCUCCACUGCAUGAGGAGCCACCACACGAGCCUCCACCGCACGAGCCCCCACCUCAUGAGGAGCCACCACAUGAGCCUCCAUCUCAUGGGGACCAACCACAGGAACACCCCAAACGAUCCCCUCUUGCGGACCUUGAUUUAGAUGCACUUGCAGCAUCUGCUUGGCUUGACAAUCUCAAGCGUGACAUCUCUUUUAUUCAGGCUCUCCGAAACGCUACACUUGACGAUGGUACAGGACUCAAAGGCGAGAAACUCGAACGACUCUGCAAUCCACCAUGA